AUGUCUGUUACUGGAAUGGAAGUUGCUAAGGGUACCAUACGAGUAUUUUUGAAUAGUGCUGUUGGUAACGACGCUACUGGACGAAAUGUACUGGAUGAGAUUGAGAGGAAUGGUGUGGACAUAUCCCAAGUACAAAUCUUUGAUGGCCAAAAGAGUGGCACCUGUGUUGUCCUAGUCGAGACAAACACUGGUGCGAGUAGAUUCAUCGUAUUCCAGGGAGCUACCAAGAGCUGGAAAUUUCAUGGCUCUGGCUCAGUGAACUUGAUGGCAGGUGGCUCCCUCCCAGAUCUCAUCAUCGCACAUUUGUCAGUUCCUCACGAUGAGUUACUUCAGGUUCUAGAAGCGGCCCAUGAACAAGGUAUAGAGACAAUAUUGGACCCGUCACCCAUUGGGCGUCUAGAUCCUUCUGUCUUCCCCAAAAUUACGCAUCUGGUCAUGAAUGAAAGCGAGACAGCCCUGCUUUCCGAAUGUGGUAUCCACGACUUGCACGACAUGGUCUCUUGUAGAGUGGCUGCAGAAUACUUCUUGUUAUUAGGCGUCAAGAACGUGAUAAUUACCCUUGGUGCUAAAGGAGCUUAUUUUGCAACCCAUGUUGGAGAAAGAGGGGCCGCCAUACUUUUUCUUGGCACAUAUGCGGUUGAAUAUGUUCAACAGAAACAAAAAGGGAAUUGGGAUAUUAAGAAGGCAGUCACCCGUGCUUGUCGAGCUGCAGCUCGCACUAUUGAGAGUCUCGGAGCACAAGAAUCCAUUCCAUGGGCGAAUGAGAUAGACUCGGAAUAG